UUGGGCACUUUUGUUUCAGUCUUCCUUUUUCUUUCAGGUGUUAUUUUUGCACCUUAUGGCCCUGUCUGGAAGCAGCAGAGGAAAUUCUCUCUGUCAACCCUGCGUCAUUUUGGAGUAGGGAGACACAGCUUAGAGCCUAAAAUCAUUGAGGAGCUGAACUUUAUAAAGGAGGAAAUGCUGAAGCAUGGAAAGGAGUCAUUUAAUCCCUUCCCAAUCAUUCGCAACGCAGUGUCCAAUGUUAUCUGUUCCAUGGCCUUUGGCAAGCGUUUUAACUACGAAGAUGAUGAGUUCAAGACGAUGCUGAAGAACAUGGCCCGCGCCCUGGAGCUGAGCGUGAACAGCUACAUGAUCCUGGUCAACAUCUGCCCAUGGCUCUACUACCUGCCCUUUGGGCCUUUCCGGGAACUGCGGCAAACUGAGUUAGACAUUACUGCUUUCCUGAAGAGAAUAAUUGCCCAGCACAGGGAUACACUGGAUGCAGCAAAUCCCAGGGACUUCAUUGAUAUGUACUUCAUCCACGCGGAAGAAGAGAAGAACAACAAGGAGAGCAGUUUCAAUGACGAUUACCUGUUUUUUAUCAUUGGUGAUCUCUUCAUCGCAGGCACAGAUACUACUUCCAACACAUUGCUGUGGUGCCUGCUCUACAUGUCUCUUUACCCUGAAGUACAAGAGAAAGUUCAUGCAGAAAUCGAAGCAGUUCUAGGACGUGACAAAGUUCCCUCUCUUGCUUACAAGGCUCAGAUGCCCUUCACAGAGGCAACCAUUAUGGAAGUGCAGAGGAUGACUGCGGUCGUUCCCCUUUCUAUUCCUCGAAUGGCCUCAGAAACAGCUGUGCUUCAGGGAUAUACUAUUCCUAAGGGUAGUGUGAUUGUGCCCAACCUGUGGUCAGUACACAGAGAUCCUAACAUUUGGGAGAAGCCAGAUGAAUUUCAACCAUCAAGAUUUCUGGAUGAAAAUGGCCAUCUAAUAAAGAAAGAGUCAUUCAUUCCUUUUGGAAUGGGUAAACGUGUGUGCAUGGGAGAGCAGUUGGCAAAAAUGGAGCUGUUCUUGAUUUUUUCAAGUCUUAUGCAAAGUUUUACCUUUAUGUACCCUGAAAAUGCUGCAAAACCAUCCAUGGAGGGAAGGUUUGGUCUAACUUUAGCUCCAUGUCCAUUCAACAUAAUAGCUUUGAAGAAGUGAUACAGUGUCAAAAAAAAAAAGAUUAAGUAAAGAAAUACUGCACUUUUAAAAUACAGCUUUUUUAUUACUAUUAUUAUUUUCAGCUUAUUUUGUUACUUCCUUUCCAGAAUAAAAAAACAACAACCCAAUUGUGUAGGCUUUCCUAGUCAGUGAGAGUGAUCCAUUUAGACUUCUGGAAAGAGAUUUUUUUCUCCAUUGUUGCAUUCCACAAAUGAACUGACAGCAUAGUUUUUAAUUUGAUAUGAAAACUUGGUGAGCUUAACCUCUGUCUAUUACUGUCAGUUAGUCAAAUGUUGAUUAUGGGAGAAUGGUCCAAAACAUUUGUUACUGUUCUUGCAAAUGGUAAUUGUAAAAAAUCGUGACAGCAGCACAAAAACAUUUCAUUUACCAAAGGAGUGAAGCACGUCAUGUAAUAUUAGAAGUAUUAAUGAAUGAGAGAUUGUUAGCAUUUUCUGUGAAAAAAAAGAUUGUAACUGAGCUUAAAUAAGUAUGUAUAUUUUUUGGAAAUUACCAAAUGACAUUACUUUUAACCUUGGAGGAUUCUUUUUUGCAAGUAAUUUACAGGUGUAGUAGAUUGGAUCCAAAAAUCCUUGAGAUUCAGGGCUCACUAUAAAAGAGCAGGUACCAAGUCUUAAAAACCACAGUUUGAGGCCAAAUGAAUCCUUGAAUAUGCCAUAUUCUCAACAUGAAAUGAAUCUGCAGCAUCUGGAUGCAGAAUGUUUUCUCUCAGAAUACGAACGAGAGCGGAAUUCUCUAACAAGAAACAUCAGAUGCUUUUCUUUCUGGUGCCAAACAUAUUCAAGACAUCUGUGCUGCCUCUUGGCAUUAAUUGUUUCCCUCAUGGCAGCAGUGGCUGCAGGCUGGAAGGGACCAGUGGCUGCUCACCGGGGAAGACACUACGUGUGUAGUCCUGAAGUCGAGGUUGGCACUCAGGUUUUUCAUCCACAGGCAGUGUGGACAGUACUGCCGCAGCCUCUGGCUUUGGGAACUGGAGUCUUCAAAGAUGGUAUCACUGCAGCAGUACAGGUGAAGGCCUUAUACAUUUACCAUGCAACAGGAGGAAGCUGACAAACUUGAGGUUUGAAUAUAAUGACUCUCUCUUUGUUAUCUUUCAUACAGAGUAAAUAUCUGUAGUUCAUACAGUAUUAGUGUAUCAGUAUGCUGAAUCUUAGUGCUGUUAACCACUGUCAAAGCAGCUGCCAAGGAAACCUCAUGUUAGUUGUUUCAGAGCAGGGCACUCGGUCUUGCCGUGUAUUUCAAACAUUGAAAGUGACCUUUGGGGAAGUAUGUAACAACUAACCUUUAAAUAGGUGUUCCUAAUCAUUCUUAAAUCGCUUUGCACUUCUUUUGAUCUAUCAGAAUUUCAUAUCACAUUAAGUUCUUAUAUACUCUUCUAAAGAUGUUUUUUUCCCCCCUCACUGGAUAUCUAGAGAAUACCCAGAGCUCUCCCAAUGUGUAAUCUCCUAACUGAAUGUAAUUUAGAAUUGGGUAUUCCAUAGCAGAAACAAAACGUAAAUUGUAAAAGAAGAGAUAACUUUUCAGUUUUAAAUUCAUGUCUGGUUUUGUCACUUUUAACCUUGAAAUUGUAAAAGCCAGGUAGUGCCUAACGAAGACUGUAAGAUAGUUAUUUUGCAUUUAAAUUAAGGUUUUCUGUUACCUGUUUUGAAUAACAGAGUGCCUUAAUUUCUGAAUUGUGUAUUUAUUUGGUCAAGUAUGCCACUGUUUGUGUGUGAACUUUCAAUUCUUAAUUAGGUUAACUUUGAACUAUACAGUCUUGUGGGUUUGGGGGUUUUUUUUUGUAUGAAGUUUUUGAAAACUUAGCACAAUAAAAAGUUGAGUUUGGUACCAAUGCCAGCGAAUUUGCUCUAAAACCUGACAGUACUGAAGAAUUAAGCACUUUAUUUAAUUUAAUUUUUUAUUUUCCAAUGUAUAAAUAGAUUCUGUAGAAUUGGGAUUUUUGUCUGGAAAUCCUAAAAUUAUGCUUGAGAAGCUAAAAUUAAGUGCUGAUAAUAUUUAUCUUUCUGUUUAAAUGCCUCUUUAAUCAACAUAAUGAUGUUGGUGUGCAACUGAUCACUUGUACAAAAUACAUGUCCUUUUAAUCAGUGAGGACACAUUUGAAAAGCACUUUACUAUCUUUUUUACAGAUUCCAAAGAAAAUGCAAUUCACACAAUCCCCUGGUAUGUGAAACUGUACAUAUUUGUGCUUGUUUUGCCUGCUGAGUUUAGUUUAAAAUGUCACCUUUGAAAACUAUCCUUUGAAAAUAAUCCUUCUAUAAAUACUACUUUGAGAAUGUGUUUUUUGGUGAUACCUGUAAUCAAAUACUGCAAUGUGUGACAAGCUAAAAUUACUGAUGAGAAGUUCCAAUCACAUCAAGGCGUGCUAGAAUACAGGACGCUGUUGAAAUGACAAUAAAGACCUGCCUUUUGUACCUUCCAGGUGCACUGAAAUUUUCACAGGAUAGCAUGAAAAUAGCUAAACAAUAGCAUAAAAGCAACAAAAUCUCUGUGGUUUUCAAAGUGUAUUGCCAUCUUAGGCGAACUGUAAGGAGUGGUAGCAGAUUUCAUUUGUGUUUGUAAAUGUGUAUCUUCCCCCUCUCUUUUUUUAGCAGAGGAAGCAUCUCAAAUGCCUUGUUGAAAAAUGUAUGUUGAUAUAAGUGGGUGUCUGUUUCUGAAUGCUGAAAAUAUCUUUAUUUCUAAAAUUAAUUAGCUUCAUUGUGGUUUUUAUUUUGAAUAAAGUAAUUCCCAAGGAACUGUUUCACA